UUUUUUUUUUUCCAUCCAUCUUUCCCUCCGUCCAUCGCCGGCUGUUACACACAACACACAGUGGGACAGACUUCACCGGUUCACAACUAUGCGCCUAGUGGUAGGCCUUUGAACGGCGUGCGCCUACCUUUCCCCCCGUUCGGGAUCUUUCCGAACCCUCAGCUCUUCGUUCUUUUGCCUAUCGUCCGUCUUACAUCACGCGUCAUCGGUCGGCUCGCUUCCCCGCAGCUUCUACCGCGCGUAUCCACCGCGUCGGUGGUAUUUGUUACCUGCGCGCUUGGAAUGCGGCUGGUAAACAAACAAAACCGAACACCGAUUUUCCCCAAGUUCGUCAGUCGGAACGACGACGGGAAAAAUCGGGACGUUACGUCCCGAGGGUAAACAGACGAGCAGAUGCCUCGAGUGAUUUGCCGAGUAUUUGGGUAUCGAUUGUGAAGGCACGUUAGUUAUGUUCGAAAGGUCGAGUAUAGCUGAGAAGUGGAACGCCGCUUAUACGUAUCGUCGAGAUCGGAGCCCGGAGCGACAAAAUGAAAGCGCUGUUUGUGAUUUGCGUCGCGGUAGUUUUUCACACGAUCUUCGUCGCUUCGUACGACGACAAGGAUUGCGACGAAGCACAAAUUUCUACGAAUGUGCGAGAUGUCGAAUGUAAGGAAACUCGUACGAAAUCAUACAAUCAUAUUUCGACGACACCCAUUUCGUUGAAGCAAAAAGAUGAUGACAACAAACACAGACAGAGAACUAAUUCUUCGCGGCCCAGAAACCGUACGACGCAUCGUCCUCGUAAGGGUGGUAAAGGAUCUCGGCGGAAGACGGAUCGCGUUCCUGUCGUAAAAAUUUCCGAGAGCAAUCUUUAUGAGGAAGAGCACGAGCUGAAAAGCAUUAAUGUUUGGAAUUACAAGGACAAAAACGAUGACGUGGACGACAUACAUCAUAUUCGCGAAACUCUUGAUAAUUAUUAUCCGUUUCACGGAGGAUUGGAGUCCGUCCUGGCAAGAUUAAUCGAAGCGUUGGAGAACAAUACUGGAAAUGUGUCGAAUUCGGACGUAUCGAACUCGAGUGCCAUUGAUGACACGAGCAGCUUCGACGAUGAAGAUCGCUGUCAGAAGUGGCUGGACAACAGGGAGAAGAUCGAGAAUGCCUUUCCGGGAUCCGUCGCCGACUUGCCAGCGUGCCCCUGCCUGUAUCCGAACACCAUCUUCUACGACAACCAGAUCUGGGAUAAGAAGCAACAGAAGAAGUAUCGAUGGCGCGACGUGAGCCACGACAAGGACCGGCUCGCGAUCUACAAACCUGGUGCCGCUUAUUGCGUGCAGACUUUAGCGUCUCAGCAAAGUGAAAGCGCUAUCGUGCAACAUUGUUGUUACGAUGAGAAUAGAAAACUACUGACCCGUGGCUCCGGCGCCGGCACACCGUACAUCGUCAGUCCGGAAAUCUCGCCUCUGUUGCACGACAAGAUCGACUUGUUGCCUUGGCGACUUUGUAAGGGUGAUUUCACGAGGUAUAACGAAGUGAGAAUACCGAAUAAUAAUAAUGACUGUGAGAUAAAUCCGGAUGAUGAAGAGUAUCAACAUCAAGUGGAAAGUGCGAAAGAUUAUUGAGAUACGAUACCGUCGCAAUUGUACCAAAAAAGAGCAAUAACUUGCCUAAUUUCCACUUCAAUUGUGUUCCCAAAAGAGAGUAGUCUGAAAGAUUUAUAUUUAUUUUCUAUUAUCUCUUAUUUCAUUAAAUCUAUUUCGUAUAUUACAUUUUAGUUUUGUAUCAAUAUAUCAUGUUGAAAAGAACGCCAUGUGUAUUGACCACAUAAUAAUUAUUUUCUUCUUUCGCGCGAUGAUAUAAAUAUUAAGACAAUUAUUAAUUGAUUAAACAGCGAUGGGAUAUUAACGAAAUCCCAAGCUGCUUACUUUUCUUAGAAUGAGAGAAAUACAAAAAAAUUAUGUGCAAUAUCACACGGUGUUCCACAUACAAGUAUUAUUCAUUUAUAAUUUAUAUUUAAGGAAUAAUAACUAAACAAUGUAAAAAAAAAA